AUGCCUCGGCCGGCGGCAAUCACAUCAAGGACUCGGCGCGAUUCGACAAACAGUCCAAGUCUUGCCGAGAACUUCACGCAGAAGCUUCGCUACCUCCGACCCAUCAACGAGGAUGACUUUUCAGCAUGGCUCAGCUUUCUUAUCGCCGCAAAGGAAAAGCGUGGGAGAGAUGGUGUGCUUGCUGUUUGGGAAGCGGUGGAGCGGCGCAGGUCAUGGAGGGACGUGACGAGCGAAGAAGCAAAAUCGUUUUGGAGCAUCAUCCUGGAAACUGUCCUCCACGAUGAGGACAAGCUCAAGGGCGUUGCGCUAUAUGCGGAGUGUCUUCUUCAUGACAACUCUGCCCAGUGGCCGUCGUUAUACCUCACGACAGUCUCACAUUGCCUCCGAAAGGGCCAGUAUCGGCGAGCACUGCAGUGGCAUAUGCGCUUGAUGCCGAACUUCGACCCUGGACAGGAAGCCUUCGGUACCUUGUUACGACAAUUCGCAGUCACCACCGAACCCGACAUGCAACAGACAUUGCAAGCCCUUUAUCUUACAGCUAUACACCGCGGAUUCUACAAUGAGAUCAUUCCCCUCCUCUACAAGAGCGGCCUCUCCCAACAAUGCGCUGGGUGGCGUCAAGCGUUCAUACGCCACGACGAUCUGCCUCCGCCUAAUGCCGAGUCACAGCCGUACCUGAGGUUCCUCGCUCGCUACUAUCCGACCACUACCCUCGAACUGGAGGAACAGGUUGUCAUUGGCUUGAACUCCAAGGCGUACUGGGACGCCCAGGACGACUCAUUAUGGGAGGCCAUCAAUGACACACACGGCGAUGAGAGUGGGCCUCCAGGAAGACAGCACAGCGAUAAGCUUGGUGCGCGCUGGUUUGCAAGCUCCUGGGUGCCUCUCGACUUUGCAAUCCAUGCCGUCCACGCCCUCGGAGUGCACCACAUCGGCCCUCUAUCCCUCCAGUCGAUCGCCUUGCGCGAACCGACGGCCAAAGGGGUCAUGACCCGGAUCGAGCAGCUGCGGACAGUCAACAUCGGCAUUGGGCAUUCAGCCUAUGCAUGGGUGCUCAAACGUUUUGCUGAGAACAAUGAUGACGAGCUGCUCGCGGAAUUGCUGCACACGGAUAUACACCCAGACGUCUUUGAUGACCCCGCGAUGCUUGCCAGCAUCCGUGACAAGGCCUUUGAUGAAGGAGACUGGAAAACACACCGGCUGUUGCUGGCGGUCCAGCCGGCAAUGGUGGAAGACUCGGUCGACUCCACGUCGAAUAUCUUGCUGCAUCACUUCGUCGACGAGGGGAGGUUCAAGCAAGCCUUGGCUUUGCUGGAUGAGAUGCGAACGAUGGAUAUCGAGGUCCACGCAUCGACGAUACAGCAUAUCUGCGCGAGUCUUCUCGACCCCUUACCAUGGAACCCAAAGACUACCGCACACAACCAGCAGGCGUUCUCCACAGCCAUUGCCUUUCUUACACGCCUGACGUUGCUGCAGAAGCCUCUGCAUUCGCGGUACUGGCAGAAGAUCCUCUUUGGACUCGGCAAAUUUGGCCGCUUUGGCGUGUUGGAGGAGAUCAGCCUUGGCAUACUGGACACGUAUCAGCACCUUUGCAUCUCCAAUGCUGGACUGCUUCCGGUCCACCCGCUGGACGCACCGCCGUUAGGCGUGGAGAGCUCAGCUAGAAAUGUUCUUGUCCCGACCGACUUGCCCAUAUCGCACGAGCAGCACCCGAUGCGCCGAAUCUUUGACAACCCUGCUCUACACGCCGCCAUUGUCCGUUGGGGAUUCAAGGCAGGCGGCUCGCAAUGUCUUGAUCCUGCGAAGGAUGUCUCCUUGGAAUCAGAGGCUACAAGCGGCGGGUUCUCCCUCGCCCGGGGUGUGCGAUUACUCGCGGUCCUGAAUGAUCGAGGCAUCCCAUUCCGAACGUCCGUUGUUCAGGAGGAGGUCGUCAAGUGCUUGGCUCGGACGUACCUGGCCCGAGUCAGCAGCGCGCCGAGGAUGAAUGCGGACUUGCCUCCGUUGAAGAGCACUCUGGAGAUGUUCAACAAGGCGGCUGGACGCAGACUGUUGCCUGAUGUGGCAGAUUUACAAGACCUCAUGAGCGAGGCACGGGUGAAGCAAAGGAGAGGGCUAUGA